AUGCAGGCCAUCUUGUCUACCGUCUCGACUGCCAUCAUCCCGUCGACUCCUGCAGAGCCUCCUGCAGCCCCCGGGUGGGGUUAUGAGUGCUAUCCAGGGACGCUGUGCGUCUUCCCUCGCUGCAGGUUGUGUUGCUACAAGUUCGAGGAGGGUGAUGAUGCUAUCAUAGUCACAUCGGAUUAUCGACUGUCGGCCCCCUUCCAGUACUGGUUCGAUGAGCGACACUUCGACGAGGAGCUGAACAGGCCCAUCUGGUGCUGCUCAGCAGCAUUCGGAUGGAUCCGCGCCGACGAACGAGCCAUCGCCUGCCACAAGAAAUGCACCGACAUGUUCAGCCACCUGCAGCCAUCGGUCGCCUUCGAGGCAUUUAUUCGACAGCAGGACACCCUGGCCAGCAUGGUCGACGCGGGCGACGAGAACUUUUCCGGUCUGACGGUAGACGACGCGUCUUUCAAGAACAACCUCCACCGACUCCAUGAGUCGACGGUGCGGGCCACCAUCGACGAGACCUCCCCGGCGGAGAACCCAGCGGCUAGACCGGCGGGCGAGAUUGCAGAACCAGAGAGGAUGAAGAGACCAGAGGGCCGGUUGCUGACGUCCAGCAUCUACUGGUACGAGCCCCCCGGCGAGGCUGAGGACACGCGACGACUCGAGCGCACAAAGAGGCUUCUCGCGCCCGCGCUGAAAAAGGCCAUGGACGCGAAGGAUCGCCUUCCGCUCGACAUCUGGACAAGGAUCGCUGGAGAUCUCGUGCACGAAUACGCCAUCUGCAGUCUGCUCAAUCUCGAAUACACGGGCAACUCGCAAGUGAGCCUCGCCGAUAAUAUCUACGCGACCUACGUCACCAUCGACGGCCGCAGAUACGUCUCGCGCCUCACAAACUCGCCUGGAGCGAACAACAAACUCGUAAUUAAUGUCAAGCACAGGUCGCCUCACGACGGACUGUACAUAAUGGAGGACCACCUCGGAAUACGCAAAGUCCACAUCUCCCAGAACCCGCCCAAGUACGACGAUCCAAGGGACCGCACUACCUGGUGGCGUGUUUAUCCCAUCGGCACGUACGAUGGGAUGCUCGAGUUCAGCUCGGAUGGUAUCAAACUCCAGAAGGCUCUCUGCGACAAUCUGUUCAAGAACUGCUCAUGGUCCGAACCUCUUUCGCCAAUGGAGCUCGCUGACAUGUCCUUCCUUUACGUGGACUGGGAGAUGCCUGUCUCGAGAUUGCUGCCAGUCACCCUCAACGAAGACGACUGCACAGGAUACUCCAUCUGCUGGACGUGGUCAGCGACACAGAGGAAGAAGGGCGCCGUGCUUCAGAUCCACGCCCACAGACCUGGUGAGAGCCUCGACUUCUACAAUGACACUGUCCACGACGACGAGAAGUUGUUCUGGACCUACGUCCCUCUGAACAAUGGAGAGCGCGUUAACGAACUGUGGAGGAACCGGGGCCGUGGUUAUUUUGACAUUACCUUUGCGUUCCGGACCUCGCUGGGACGAACUUUGUUCGUCGGACCAUACAGUGACGACUCCGAUUUUCAUCGCAACGGUUGGAGUUGUGUUGUCAAACCCUCCCGGACAGAACCUGACCGCAUCUGGGUCGAUUAUCUCACCGCCGACGGCGAUACCGUCACUCGUAUCGUUGGGCCCAGGCGCAAGCAAGAACCGGAUGGACUGCCACCCGUCCACGCUACUUUCGCCCCAGCCCCCUCUUUCCAGUCUGUCCACUCCGGACCAGACACUCUAUUCUACUCUGCCGCUUCUCUUGAUGAGGUGAAGGAGAUUGUCCCUUGCAGGAUGAACAACAGCCCCAUUUCCCGAAUUACCGGCUUGCUCUUCCGCUACCAGAAUGGCUUUGAGGCCACGGUCGGUAGCUUCCGCCUUGACUGCGCCGGUGAGCCCAUCAACACCACCGAGUCCUGGGGCCUCUUCCUGGGCAUCAGCAAGGUGAAUGGUGUCCGCUACGUCGGCGAAGUCUCUGUCCUCCCUGCCGAGGACCAAGACGGCCUCUGGUGGGAGGUCUACCCAUGGCGCGGAAGCAUCGUGUGGUGGUUCAACAGGAUGGAGUCCGCCAUCCACCACAGCGAUGAAGACAUCAUCAUCAAGCCAAACCCUGAGAUUGGCGAGGCCUACAAGCUGGAGAUUGAGAACCUCGGCCACGGCAGAUCGUACUCUGCCCAGAGGAACUCGAUGAGAAACUCUAUGAGAAACUCGAUGAGGAGCUCGAUGAGGAACUCCAUCCCAGUUGAGGCGCUGAAACCAGUGCAGGAGAUUGUCAUACCAAUCCAGGCCGACACCAUUCUUGAAGAUGACCAAAUCUCCGAAUAUACCAGCGAGAUUGGCGAUGACUGCCCAGAGUUCGACCUGCGGUCUUCUGACGACGAUUCCUCAGAGUACAACUCCGACCUCUGCAGCGACGCCGGCUCCGACGCCGGCGCAGAGCAUUACAACUUCCCGGUGACCGAGGAGCUUGUCAAGGGGGAUACCGAUGUUGCCAAGGAGUACCAGCUUGGCGACUUCGACUGGCUCAGCCAGGAUAAUCGACUCACCCUUUCAUGA